GUACACCAGCAUGAGCGCCACGCUUCAAACGCCUUCCCCUGCUCAGAAGAGCACUUUAUUUUUCACCAAGUCGUUUUGGGGGUUGUUUUGGAGCAGCUCUGAGUAAUCAGCAUAUUUCUGCUUUGCAUUUUUUUUUUAAUGGUUUCUAAAUUCAUGGGACAACCAACGCAAGAAAGCCUCAUGUUUGGGGGAAAAGUUUGAUACCAGCAAUGCCCAGAAGAGAGCCAAAGAUGUUUGUCUUGCUCUAUGUCACAAGUUUUGCCAUCUGUGCAAGUGGACAACCUCGGGGCAAUCAGGUCAAAGGAGACAGCUACUCCCCAAGAUACAUCUGCAGCAUCCCUGGCUUACCUGGGCCACCAGGUCCCCCUGGAGCCAACGGAUCCCCGGGGCCCCACGGUCGCAUCGGCCUUCCAGGAAGAGAUGGUAGAGACGGCCGGAAAGGAGAGAAAGGUGAAAAGGGCACCGCAGGUCUGAGAGGUAAGACGGGACCCCUGGGUCUGGCUGGCGAAAAAGGGGACCAAGGAGAGACUGGGAAGAAAGGACCCAUGGGACCAGAGGGAGAGAAAGGAGAAGUAGGUCCAGCUGGGCCUCCUGGACCAAAGGGAGACCGAGGAGACCAAGGGGACCCAGGGCUGCCUGGAGUGUGCCGAUGUGGCAGCCUCGUGCUCAAAUCCGCCUUUUCCGUUGGCAUCACCACCAGCUACCCUGAAGAAAGAAUACCUAUUAUAUUUAACAAGGUGCUCUUCAAUGAGGGUGAGCACUACAACCCUGCGACAGGAAAGUUCAUCUGUGCUUUCCCAGGAAUCUACUACUUUUCUUAUGAUAUCACUUUGGCCAAUAAGCACCUGGCCAUCGGGCUGGUGCACAAUGGGCAAUACCGGAUAAAGACCUUCGAUGCCAACACAGGGAACCAUGACGUGGCCUCAGGGUCCACCGUCAUCUACCUGCAGCCAGAAGAUGAAGUCUGGCUGGAGAUCUUCUUCACAGACCAGAAUGGCCUCUUCUCAGACCCAGGCUGGGCAGACAGCCUAUUCUCUGGAUUUCUCCUCUACGUGGACACGGAUUACCUGGAUUCCAUAUCAGAAGAUGACGAACUGUGACCCCCCCGACUGCAGACCUGAAAGUUUCCAGGUCACCACGGCUGAUGCUUCAAUCUCAUCUGGGUUACUGGAAGGUGGAAGGAGCAGGAAAGAGUUCCAAAGAACUCCUACGCGGAUUCCAGAGCAUCUGCAGACAGUUCUGGAGGAAUUUAUCAAAACAAGAUUAAACCACCACRCAGCUAAAACCACACCAACACGAGCUGUCCACAAUAACUCCAGAUAUGGAUUCUCCUGAAAGUCAUGUCCAUGGGGCUGGAGAUACAGCUCAGUUGGUAGAGUGCUUGCCUUGCA